AUGGAGAUUGACAAGAGAGUGGCUGACGAGGCUGCACCCAUGAGUGUUGAGCCUGAAAGAGGUUUUACCAGUGCCGGUGAGGAACUAGGUGCGCCAAAGCUGGCGAAAGUGGUGAAUGCGGUUCUGAUUGAGAAGAACACUGAGAACACUGCUUUUCCGGAACCGGUGCAAAUGUGUGGAUCCAAAGUUUGGUUGGCGAAGAUGAAGAGUGCGUUGUCUGAGCUGGAUGGGUGUCCAUUGGACGUCUCGUCAGCUAUGGAGGGUCGACGUACAAAGCUUGGUAGCAUGGAUUCACAUAAAGCAGGAAGGAUUGUGUCUGCUGAUGAGGCGCAUGCGUUUGCCAAGAAGCAUGGGAUCAGGAUUAUCCCUACUCGAUGGGUGCUCGGACCCAAGGUUGUGAACGGGAAAGAUGCAGUGCGCGCCCGGUGUGUGGUGCAGGAUGUGGCUAAGGGUAGUGCAGCUUCAUCACUAGGUCUGAGUGCGACCACGCCGUCGUUGGAGGCCUUGCGAACUCUUUUGGCCAUCGCUGCCAAAGAUUCGAUGGAUAUUGCUACCCUGGAUGUCUCUACUGCCUUUUUGCAUUCACCGUUGCCCAAAGGUGAAAAGGCGGUGAUCAUGCUGCCGAGAGAUGUGAGUUCAAGGUCUGAUUAUUACGCCCCGGCGUAUAUGAUUCUUGAUCAAGCAAUGAACGGACUGAGAGUCGCUGCGAAGGCUUGGAACUUGAAGUUGGCGAAUGUGGUGAAGAAGGUUGGGUUGAAUCAGCGCCCUACUGAGCCAUCGGUUUUUGAGGGAACCGUGAAAGGAAAACGGUUUCUCAUGCUCUGUUAUGUGGACGAUUUGAUCUUGUGUGGAAGCUCAGAUGCCAUUAAGUUGGUCACGGAUACUUUGAACCGCGAGCUCAAGAUCAAGGAAACGGGCGAUGGUGGAAAAGGUGAUGGCGCCAAUCAGGGUGAGAGCCCAAUGGCGAAGGCUGUGCCAAGGCCUGAUGGGCCACCAAGCGUGGUGACACUGUUUCCGGAGCUCAAUGGGAGUGAGAUGCCAACUUGGUAUACAGAGCUCUGGGAGAAAAUGGGAGUUCGAGGUGCCCCUCUUGACCAGAUGGAUCUCCAACCUUUGGUGGAAUCCUUGUCGGGUGAGGAUCUGGAGUUUUACAAGAAGAGCUUUGAAUCUCAGUACGGUGGAAAGUCAGUCAUCUGGGAGACUGCCAUGAAUGGAGGUUGCAUCUACGUUGAAAUGAGCCCUGGGUUGAGUGGUUUGGCUGUGCUCAUGUUUGUGCAGUACCUGAAGAGGAAAGGGUUCUUGGUGCUUAUCCUUUUGAGUCGGCACCAGGACCAAGGGAUAUUGCGCAUGUUGGAUCUGCUUUACACACUGCCCAUUCUGGGAGUGGAGAGAUACACGAAGGAUGAUCUGGAGACCACUUCCCAUCCACCCUGGGUGUGCCGGUGGAAAGAGCAUGCUCAGAAAGGCAACGUGGUGUUUGCGACUAUGUUGUCCAAGGUGUGUUGGAUGUCUGAUUUGACGUGCCAAACCAUUAAGAUUUUCGACCCGAAGAUGAAAGAUCUCGGGAAGCCGUUGCCUUUGUGGGCCUACUUCGCCUACACCAACAAUGAUGUGGUGAAGGAAAGUUUGAGUGUGGAUUGCGAUCACAUGGCGGUGAAGCUUCCAACUGGGGUGCUUGAGAGCAUCCGGGAGCCUGUGAUCUGGCAGUGUGACUGCGCGUGGCAUGUUGCCUCGGACUACGCCAGUCGGUUCAAUACGAACCUCCCGUGCAUCCUGUGGGAGCACAUCUGGAAGUUUUUGGGUGGGAACACUCAGAAGCUGGGGGAUGUUGAGCUCCGUGUGGAGCAAGCCGUGUUGGCGGCUGUAGCUGCUCACGACUUGGAGGUUGAAGCUGAGAAGAAGAGAAAGAGGCGCGAGAAACUGGAUGCAGCUGAGGAGGAAGCUGCAAAGAAGGCUAGGUUGGAGCAACCAUCUCCAAGUUCCCCGCCUGCGAUGAUCGCACAGAUCGCUGAGAUGGUGAAGGCAAGCCUCAGUGUGGGAGAUUUGGAGAAGCUUUUGGAUGAGAAGAAAAGGGCAUCUGCAUCUGGCAGUGCUCAGGGAUCUGAGUCUAGCGGUCUAGCGCUGCUCAGCAGGAUAAGCAGAUGUGCCAAAGGGUUGCUGAGUUGGAGCAGAUGA